UUGUCAGUGUAGAAAUGGCAUUACUUACAUUACAGAAUGCAGAGGUGUAAUAGCUAUAAAGAAAGACAAAUUAGUACCUGGAAGUUGACCAGGACUUUUAAAAAUGGCAUAAGCAUAUGUAUAUUUGCCUUUAAAGUGUGGGAUGGCUUGUAGGGUUCAUUGUUCUCUAUGGUUUAUCAUUUCUCUAUUUUGGACAGUAGAAUAUUGGCAAAGCUUUUGGGGAAUGUAGUACUGGAUAUGGCAAUAUAUGGAAUAAACCUUAUGGAAGCUAAGCUGGCAUAAAAAAAUGCAUAAUUUAUCUUUUUUUCCCAGCAGAAUCAAGUAUGUUCCUAAUAGCCCUGGCAUUUUUUUAGCAUGUUCUUAAAAGCAUCAGUGACGGGUAAUGCUGUGGAAUACCUCAAAGCUAAACCAGUUUGACUGUUUUUGCAAAUCUUUGCAGGUGCACACUGUUAGAUACCUGUAAUAGGUCCAUGUAAGCAUGGAAACAUAUCUCUUUUCAAUUUAUUGUGGGGGAAGUUAUGUCUCAAAUACAAUAAACUGUUUCAGUAGGAAAAGAUCUCACCAUGGCACCUUCAGGAAGAAAGCAUGGAGGAAAAGCUGGUAAACCAGCACAGGAAGAUCAGACCAUACCUACUUUUGACUUUGAGGAGGAAAGAAAAGAACUGAGUGGAUCAGAGGAAGAUAUUAGAGAAGGUGACACACCAGUAAUAGACAAGCAUGGAAAGAAAAGACCUCUGGUGACUACUCAUGUGGUUCCAGAUGAUGUGGGGGGUGAGGUACAGAAUAUGUUGGAGAGAUUUGGAGCUGACAUUAACAAGGCUCUCUUAGCUAAGAGGAAACGACUGGAAAUGUAUACAAAAGCCUCACUCAAAACCAGUAACCAGAAGAUUGAACACGUUUGGAAAACGCAGCAGGAGCAAAGGCAGAAGCUCAAUCAUGAAUUCUCCCAGCAGUUCCUGACUUUAUUUCAGCAAUGGGAUGUAGAUGUGCAAAAGGCAGAGGAGCAGGAAGAAAAACUAGCGAGCAUGGAAGAGCUGGAGAAGAGCAACGAAAAUCUUCUGGCUGGUGCCCAAAAUGAACUUCGCAAGGAAAUGGCAAUGUUGCAGAAGAAGAUUAUGAUGGACACUGUAAGUAUCAGAUCUGUGAAGUUAGUUAAAUGCAAAAAUAGCACGUUCAAUUAAAAGUCAUUUGACAUUCAUUUAAUUCAAGUGAAUCAUAUUGAUACAGCAUUUGUUCAGCAUUAUCUCCUUUUCUUGUGACAGCAACAGCAGGAGAUGGCAACUGUUCGCAAGUCUCUUCAGUCCAUGUUAUUCUGAUGGCUCAGUGGAAGAGCAACUUGUGCCUAAGUAACAUGAUACAAGUACAGGCAUUAGAAGGAUGUUGAGAUUUAAAUGUUUCAAGGUUCCUAUUAAACUCUUUCCUGGAUUGUUCUAAUCUUGUCUGUUAAUGUUAUAAGAACAUAUCUUAGUACACUUUUAGUACUGAGGGGCAGUAUGGAUGCCAAACCAUUCACUCUCUGUUCAGUUGAUUUUUAAAAGUUUCAUAUCCACAUCCAAUAGCACUGGACUGUUACAAUUGUUUCACUUUUUCUAAUACCAAAUUGUAACAAGGGGAAGAAUUAAUGAAACAUGCAUUACCCAGAUUUUACAUAAUAACUUGAGGCCUUUAGGUACAUUGUGCAAAUAGAAGCAUUUCUAACAAGCUGCAGAUUUUCAGUUUCAACAUUUAGUCUGCUAAUAUAUUAGCUGUUAUAAAAAUUCACAGGGUAUGACACAGCUCAGAUAGAAUUGUUUAAUGAUGUGUAUUAUGGUAAAUUAAAGUAAAUUUUGUUAACUCUUUUGUUAGUCUAGACAUUGCACUAUUUUUAUAUUAGUAAGAGAUUUAUAAACUGCUGUAAUUUUUUCCAGAAAAUGUUGUUUGUUUGUUUGUUUUUUAUGAGCUUAAUGUAUCAGCUCAAGUAACGAUAAUUAAACAUUAUGCAUUUUGGGGUUGACUUUUUGUAGAACCACUGCUAGAGGAAAUCUACCUCAUUUAUUUAGUACAGGCUAUUAAAAGCCUUUAAGAUGAAAUAUUACUUUUUGCAAUUCCAAAUGACUAGCAAUUUAGGGAGGCCUGAGUUUUAAGGGUAAAGCAUUUGUCUUUCAUGUAUCUUGUUACAAUAAAUAAGUAUUAACUAAACAA